AGCGACCUACCUCUUGAGAUUCUCCUCAUGAUCCUCGACCACGCGGCAGAGCCGACGUUUUCCCAAAAAGAGAAAUAUGACGACAAAAAUCCCUAUGCAACUGCCCUCUCCCUAUGCUCCGUCUCUCGACUUGUGAGACGCAUCACCCUGCCGAAACUCCUACACACCAUCUUGCUCCGCCGAUCUCACAGCGUUGGAAUGUUCGCAAAUGCUCUGCGGAUUCAACAAGCAUAUGCUGCUGAAAAAAGCGAUCUUUUCUUUGACUACACCUCCGUUAUACAGAGGAUGUGGAUCGGUAGCUUGAAAGAAUGUCGCUCACCAGAUUCUGAGCUCAAGCUGGACAUGAGCGUGCUGGUUCCGACAUUACUGGCUUCACCGGCACUUGCGGUUGACUGCUCCUCUUUAAGGCUUGUUGUCCAGAGCGUGGAAAAUGCGUGGAAAUCCCGCAGAGAUCCUAAUGUCGCGCAUCGACCCUCCCCCUUUCCUGGAAAGACCCAAAGUCUAACGAUAACGGCCCGGGGUCACGACGCCGAGGCUCAGAUCUUCCGGAGCAUUGACACUCGGAAGGGAACUGUUUUCCUGCCAUCAAUCCCCCAUCUCACCUACCUGAUC